GCUUUCAUGACGUGUUUCUACCCGGACAUGUUUCGAUGCCCCUCAGUACCAGUAUCCGGAAGUAGUGCAGGGUAAACUCACGUGUACGACAUGAAAAAUACUAAAAAACAAAAGAAUGCUUCCAAAAAGGGUAAAUUUAAGCCUGGAUCCAAGAGAAGAGAAAGCAAAUGCCUUGUCACGUUUGAUGACAAAGACAGAGAGGAUUAUUUAACGGGUUUCCAUAAAAGGAAGGUGGAGAGAAGGAAAACAGCAGUGGCAGAAAUUCGAAAGAAGAUAAAGGAAGAGCAGAUCAGAGUCCGAGAAGAAAGGCAUAAGGAAUACGUGAGGCUGCUGAAGGAGAGGACAGACGCUCUCGAGGAGGCUGAGGAUGAUCUGGAAGAUGCAAUAACCGGUAAAACGGAGUCUGUGCAGUACGACCACCCCAACCACACCGUCACCGUGACAACCAUUAGUGAACUCGACCUCACAGGAGCACACUUGCUUGGACCAGCAGACAAUCCGGUUAACGAAGAAUGCAAAGAGGAAGAAAAUGGGAAAAGAAAGGAGGAGGAAACAAAAGCAAUGCCUCGAAAAGCCAGAGAUACGAUAAUGAACAAAAAGAUCCGCUCUCUGAACGCGUCGCUCAGCUCUUUCACCUGCAAGAGGAGGAAAGGGAAGCGGGAAGGCGGAAGUGGACGAGGCCGCCAGGCGGACAAGAAACAGAGCGCCGCCGAGGGUAAAAAGAAAGCCGGGAAGAGCACAAAGUGGCAGAGACGUCGGCUGACUGGGAAGAAGGUGCAUCAUCGGGUGUGAAGGGGGGAAGAGGAAUUAUUAUUGUCAUUUAGCGCUGGAGCCGGGAAGCAGAAAUCAGACUGAUGUGCUUCUGUUGGACUGUAUCAGGAAAUCUUUCAAUGUCUCCGGUGUACCUGCCGCGUGUCUCAUGCUCAAUGUUUUUGUAGUGUUUCUUGCUUGAUCGUAUCAAACUGAGUUGUAUUUGCCUACAAUUUAAUGAAAUAAAAUAAUCUUACUAAAAAGUGA